CACAAAAAGACAAACAUGCUCCAGUUAUAAACCGGUUCACAAGGCGUGCCUCAGUUUGUGCAGAAGCUUAUAACCCUGAUGAAGAAGAAGAUGAUGCAGAGUCCAGGAUAAUACAUCCCAAAACUGAUGAUCAAAGAAGCAGAUUGCAAGAGGCUUGCAAAGACAUCCUGCUAUUUAAGAACCUGGACCCAGAGCAGAUGUCUCAAGUGUUAGAUGCCAUGUUUGAAAAAUUGGUCAAAGAAGGGGAACAUGUAAUUGAUCAAGGUGAUGAUGGUGACAACUUUUACGUCAUUGACAGGGGUACAUUUGAUAUUUAUGUGAAAUGUGAUGGCGUUGGAAGAUGCGUUGGUAACUACGAUAAUCGUGGGAGUUUUGGAGAACUGGCCUUAAUGUACAAUACACCCAGAGCAGCUACAAUCACCGCUACCUCUCCUGGUGCUCUGUGGGGUUUGGACAGGGUAACCUUCAGGAGAAUAAUUGUAAAAAACAAUGCCAAAAAGAGGAAGAUGUAUGAAAGCUUUAUUGAGUCACUGCCAUUCCUCAAGUCCCUGGAGGUUUCUGAACGCCUGAAGGUGGUAGAUGUGAUUGGCACCAAAGUUUACAAUGACGGAGAGCAGAUCAUUGCUCAGGGAGAUUUGGCAGAUUCUUUUUUCAUUGUAGAAUCUGGAGAAGUGAAAAUUACUAUGAAAAGAAAGGGUAAAUCAGAAGUGGAAGAGAAUGGUGCUGUGGAAAUCGCUCGGUGUUUUCGGGGACAGUACUUUGGAGAGCUUGCCCUGGUCACUAACAAACCAAGAGCAGCGUCUGCACAUGCCAUUGGGACUGUGAAGUGUUUAGCCAUGGAUGUGCAAGCAUUUGAAAGGCUUUUGGGACCUUGCAUGGAGAUUAUGAAAAGGAACAUCGCCACCUAUGAAGAACAAUUAGUUGCACUGUUUGGAACAAACAUGGAUAUUGUUGAGCCCACUGCAUGAAGCAAAGUAUGGAGCAGAAGAAGCAUAGUGACACAGUUAUGCAGUAGUGGUUAGUCCACUGAGAAUGUGUUUGUGUAGAUGCCAAGCAUUUUCUGUGAUUCCCGGUUUUUCCUUUUUUAAACAAAAAACAUUUACAAUGUAUCAGUAAACAGUAGUGAUUUAAUAGUCAAUAGGCUUUAACAUCACUUUCUAAUGGAUAGUUCAUUUUAAGAAAAAUCAACAUAUUCAUAAAAAUGACUUUCUAUUCCAUAAAAUUAUUUGACUGAACGUUUUAUUCAAAUAUAAUAUAUUGAAAGCAUACAUGUUUAAGAAGACAAUUAAAAGAUGUAAUCAUAGGACAGUCUAUGUUUGAGUUAUUCAAAUAUCAAAUUAGUGACUAUCCCACUUAAGAGAGAAGUUGGUCGUGACUCAUGCAAUCUAGCAUGACAUCACAUUCUUUUUAUCAUUCAUCAUACAGUAAAAUGUCAGUCAUUUCAUCUUCUAGUUUUUCUGGCUUGAUAAGUUUUGUUAGCCUUGGCCUAUUGGUAAAAUGGCAUGAAACAUCAUAUGCAAUUUUAAAAAUUUUUAUAUUUUUGCAAUAAAGUACAUUUUGACUUCUUUGACAAAUGUCAGUGGGUAGCCUACGUAAUUGAGUGGCUUUUGAGGCUUCAAAACUUAGUCAUUAUGAUAAUUGGGCAAAGAGUCUUUUAAGAUGAAAGAUCAUAAAUGCGUUUUUCUUUCUUUUUUUUUUCUCCUCAAGACAAGGUUUCUCCAUGCAACCCUGGCUGUCCUGGAACUCAUCUUGUAGACCAGGCUGGCUUCAAACUCAAACUAAUAGAUCCACCUGUCUCUGUCUCUUGAGUGAUGGGAUUAAAGGCGUAUGCCACCACCGCCAAGCCCAUAAUUACAUUUCUCAUCAUCAAAUACAUAGUAUGAGUGCUUCCUUUUUUAUUUUGCAACCCCUGUAUUCUUUAUAAAUUGCAUUUUGACAUCUAAUGUGACAAAGAUUUCUUUAAAAGCUAUUUAAACUUAAUCUGACAUUUUCUUUGUCCUCUAAAAGUUCUGAAUCUUAUUAUUUAGAAAAAGGAAAACUUUCCUAGGAAAAAUCGUUUGGGACUCCUACCCACAUGCCCACAGGAUACUGCUUUGUUCGUUGUGGUCUGGAUACUGCAGCCCUGUGCACAUGUCUGCACCCAUGGUUUUGUUUCUUUCCCCUCCUCUCCUCUUCCUGUCCCUCUCCUCUCCUUCCCUUUCCUGUUUCCCUUGUGAUAAUCACCAACCAGCAAGCUCAUUGAUCAUCAGCCAAUCUACCCUCAAAAACUCUGCUACCGUGGUGGAAAUAAGUCUAUAUAUAAGCAAAGCCAUACAUAAUGAUUAAUGGAAUUUCUGUUUAUACUAAUGAUAAUUAGGCCUUGUCCUCAGUUUGGAAGUCAAUUCAGAGUUAAAAGUACACAAAGUACAAAUUUUUAUUAGGUUUUUUUAAAUAGCUUACAUGCUUAUUUUUAUGCCAGAUACAAUGAAUUGUUAUAUACAACCAAAGCAAUAUACUUUUACAUGACUUUCAGACCCCAAGACCAAAUGUCUAGAGACAUUAAUUCUCACCAGUUAUUCACCUUUAAAUGGGUAAUUUCAUUUUGGGAAACACGUUCCAAGAAACAGAGGUGUCUAUAUAUGUGAAAUUCAUCUAUGGUUGUUGUGAUCUUAUAAGGGAAUGUUUAUAGUCCUACUUGUACAUGAAAACAUGGCUGGAAUGUUAAUUGGAUAAUGCAUAAACAAGUUAAAGUAUUUAAACUAUUGCUUUAGUUGUGUUUUAAAAUACUACUAUUUUUUAAAAAUCUGUCUGUAGGAAAAAGAGCUCUCUCUACAUGAAGGUAACGUUUUCAAAAGCCACGUAUUAAACAAGGAAAAAUUCCAAAAAUAGAAAAACAAGAAAAAAGCCACCCAAAUUCCUGGUUCUUCAUUUUGUGUUGUUUAUUCACUUUUCCAAGUUCUCUUGUUGCAUUGAAUAAGCUGACUGUUAAGGUUCAUGGAACAGCAAACAAAUGCCUGUUGAAUAAAGAACUCCAACCAAGGCUGUUAAACGCCAGUUACAUUAUUUUCAGUAUUGUUGGUUAUAUUUAAAAUUUCCUUAUAAUAAAGCACACUUUUAUAAUAAAUA